UUGGUAAAUCUGUGGAAAAUUGAUUAUUCUUACAUUUGAAGUAUAUCCCUUAAAGAAAAUGUUCUAAUUUACUGUUUUUCGUCUUAGAAAUUGUCAGGAUAAAAUCCAAGAUGAAAAUUUUUUUACAAAUUCAAUAGUUUUAAGAAAUAUCUAGUCCUACCUGUUUGAUUCACUUCAAAAUAUUUACAGAUUGUAACUAUAAAUACAAAUAGAAAAAGUUCAGUCAAACAAUGUCACGUAUUGUCAAUUCUAAUGAUCAUACAACAGUCCAUGAGUAUAUAAAUAGAAAUGCGGAAACUGACAAUAUGCAUCCUGCUAUAUUAAGAUCAGAAAUAGAAUCAAGACCUAUGAGACCUAGGACAUAUGUUCCUAAUUCAUUGCCUCUUACUAAUACUGCUGCUCCAAGAGGUUAUACUCCAAGUCCUACUCAAAAUGGAGACAUUUCACAUCAAAAAUUUCCUACUUCGAAAAUUGAUGUUAUUAAAAAUUGGAGUGUAUCAACAUAUAAGUGUACCAAACAAUUAAUAAAUGAAAAGCUUGGGAAAUCUUCUAAGACAGUUGAUAUAGAAUUAGAGACUGAAAUUGAGCAACUAAGAGAAACACAAAAAAAAUACGGAAAUAUUUUAAAAUUGGCUAAAAGCAUGGCUACACAAUUUCAAAGUUUUAUUCUAACCCAACAAUCACUUGGGGACGCUUUUGCUGAAUUGGGCCAAAAAUCUCCAGAUUUACAACAAGAAUUCAUGCAAAAUUCAGAAACUCAAAAAUGUUUAUCAAAAAAUGGUGAAAGUCUUUUAAAUGCGCUCAAUUUUUUUGUUUCGUCAGUCAACACAUUGUGUAAUAAAACUAUUGAAGAUACACUAAUUACCAUAAAACAAUAUGAAUGCGCAAGGAUUGAAUAUGAUGCAUAUCGUUCAGAUCUUGAAACAUUAGCACAAAUGCCAAGAACAGAUUCUAAUACAGUUCGUGUUGAUGAUGCCCAACAAAAUUAUCAACAGCAUAAAGAAGAAUUUGAAAAAUUACGUUCUGAUGUUAUUGUUAAGUUGAAAUUUCUUGAUGAAAAUAGAGUGAAAGUGAUGCAUAAACAACUUUUGAUGUUUCAUAACGCAACAUUGGCAUAUUUUGCAAAUAAUCAUCAAGCACUUGAAACUACCUUAAAACAAUUUAAUAUCAAACCUAAAUCACCUACUGCUCCAAUAGUAGCUGCAUCUUGGUUGGAAAAAUAAUAUUAUGGUUCCCUAAUUUCCUUAUUUUUCUUUGUUUUAAAGUAUAAGUUUAAUUACUUUAUACAUUAUAUAUAUAUUUUCACUGUGAUAGAUUGUAUUUAUUAAUGUUGGUUGAUGUAUUAUUUUGGCUUAACAUAAGUUA